UCUCUUCUUUCUUGGAUUUGGUGGGUAAAGCAGACACCAGUUUGCCUUCACUGGAGCGCUCAGACUCUCGACUGAACCUCUCGACCUGUGCUCCGCAGGGAAUCAUGUCAGCCCACCUCACACUGAGCCUCUGUCUCAUCGCUGUCUCUGCCACCUGGGCUCCUGUCUCCGGUCAGUCUCAAAGGACAAACUAUACAAGGCCUGUCUUCCUCUGUGGAGGCGAACACAUUGCUGAGUCCGGCUUCAUUGGCAGUGAAGGUUUCCCCAGCUUUUACAAGCCAAACCGCAAGUGUACAUGGUAUAUCACGGUGCCAGACAAUCAUGUGGUGAUGCUCUCUUUCCGCCUCUUUGACCUGGAAUCAGACCCCCAGUGCCGUUAUGAUUUUGUUGAGGUCUAUAAUGGCCACUCUUACACCUCACAACGCUUAGGACGUUUCUGUGGAACGUUUCGACCCGGCGCCAUAAUCUCCACAAGCAACAAGAUGAUGGUGGAAAUGAUAUCUGACGAUGGGACUGGUGGACGGGGAUUUGUAGCGGCAUUCAAUGGAGGACAGCCUCAUGUUAAUGACCACCAGUUUUGUGGCGGGAAGCUGAUAAAGCCUCAAGGUUCACUGAAGACACCCAACUGGCCAGAUAGCGACUACCCAGCUGGCAUCAGCUGCUCUUGGCACAUCAUUGCCCCAAGUAACCAUGUGAUUGAAGUGAAGUUUGAGAAGUUUGACAUCGAGAAUGACAACUACUGCCGUUACGACUAUGUAGCGUUUUUCAAUGGCGGAGAAUCUGAUGAUUCCAGGAGAAUUGGGAAGUACUGUGGAGAUCUAGCCCCUGAGGUGAUUGUUUCCUCCAGUAAUGAGCUGCUGGUGCAGUUUGUUUCUGACCUCAGUGUGACCUCAGAUGGGUUUAUGGCUGUGUAUAACACUUUACCAAAGGGUUCUGUAUCCAGCACUGGAGUAGGAGGAGGAGUGAGAAAACCCAUCCCCAAACCUGACAAAAGCAUCAGACCGACCAAGGCCUCCAUCAAGACUACAGCUAAGCCCAAAGUAAAGCCUGUUAAGCCUCAACAAACACCAAAGGCCAUUCCUCCACCUACUUUAGAACCCCGUAUCUCCACUUCUACAACAAAGCCUACCAUGAAAACAAUUCUCAGAAGGCCUAAACCUUCAGUGAAACUGCCCACCCAGCACCCUCGCAAGCCUGGACUGAGUAACAAACCUAUUGUCAGACCAGCUCCAAAGCCUGGCACCAGAACUGAAGCACACCCUGACCAAAGGACUACUACUAACAAUGGUAGUGCCAACCCUCUGUGCCAGGUCCAGUGUAAGAAGAGUGGAACAAUUGAAAGCAACUUCUGCUCCAGUAAUUUUGUAAUCUCAGGGAAGCUGACCUCAGUUGCCUCUGGCCCCCGAGACGCCCUCUAUGCUACAGUGCAGCUCCUCCACGCCUACAAAGCAAGCAACCUGCGCAUCCAGCAGGCAGGCAAAACCAUGAGUGCCAAAAUAAUAGUCACCUGCAAGAGGUGCCCACUUUUCAAGAGAGGCGUCAACUAUGUUCUGAUGGGCCAGGUGGAUCAGGAGGGACGUGGCAUCAUAUCUCCUGAGAGUUUCACUGUACCCUACACUGCCAGUAAUCAUGGAGUUCUGUCCAAACUACAUAGCCAACCCUGUUGAUCUCAUGUGGCCCCAGACAGUCUGAGCACAAGAAAAACAGUCCCUGCCCACCCCAUCCCACCCACUACCGUCAUACUCUUCCACUCAUAGUAAUAUAUGCUGAUCAGAAGUAAAGUUCAGCACUUUGUCAACCCUGGAGAUGAAGAAGCCGCUUAUUUGUAAGUGUCAUGAGGCCAGGAGUGUGUCAUUCUUUUUUGAAUUUAUGAAAUUGGCCAGUUGAGCAUCAUGUGCAUUCUGCAGCCAACACCCCGUCUCCUAUACUUUCUGCUUGGGCUUGGCUACUGCAAGGGGUCUGUCUCAGGUAAUGUAUAGUGGCAUUAAAUGAAGGAGACCCAAAGAUGUUUGAGUAGUGAAUGUUUUUGAGCCAUCUCACCUCUCUGUCACAGUGGUCAACCUAAGUGCCCUGAUCAUCUUAUCCUGUCUUGUUUUGAUCUUUGCCCCCCCUGGCACUUCUUUCAUAGACUGCACACACUACGCUUCCUCCUUCAAAAUGUGCAUCUUUCUCUGACUGGUGAGGAUGGCCAUCUCCUGUGCCCUAGUGCUCAGUGAUUUGUACGUCUUUCUUCUUAAUCUGAGAAGAACUCCAUUCAGUAGUGCCACUCACCCUGCACUUUUCUGAUCCCAUUUGUUUUAUUUCUUUCCUUGUUCAUACUGGCCAUGGGAGAUCAGCAAGCACUUACAUCUCAUUGCAUGGGUCCACUGUGGCUGACAAAGGCUGACCAAGACACAGAUGGGACCACGUCUCCUAUUGGUUUAUUUUGCCUAUAUUGAUUAAUUAAAUACUCUCAGUUCUAGGAAGCCUAUUAAUCACAUUUUAUGUUUUCAAUAUUUCAUGCUUUUAUUGUUAAUAUAUAAAUAUAUUAUCUGGUGUCGAUUUC